UAAAAGUAAGUGUGAUUAUUGAGCUGAAUCACAAAAAUUCUGUUCGACCUUCGAUCAUUCAUUCAGCGCCUGACAGCUGAUUUCACCAGCUUUCACGUGCCAUUCAGCUGAUAAGUGAUCGAUUUUUGUGAUUGCACAUACAUUUGUCAUAAGUUUUGAAAUUCUUAUAGAUCUAUUCUUUGUUAGAACAGAAAAGCAGACUGAAGAGACGAAACAUAAAACAAAGCGAUUCAAGCGAUAACAAAUACGUGACAUACAAAUCUAUCAAACUGGCGAACUUAAACCAAACUCACAGAAUGAACGAUAACGACAACUUAAACAUGAAACGUGCCCACAGGACCAGCGUAACUGAACCAUAUCAGCUGUGUUCGAACAACCCCGUACCCGAGAUACCACGUGGCGGCUGCAGAAUUAGGGUUGUUUACGCUGGAGCAUGUUUCACCGACUCCCAACUCAGGAAAACUGGUCGUCGACCAAAAAUGGCAGGCUUUGAGGUUAGUGGGGUGAUAGACCAGGUGUGCAACUCUGUGCCAAAUUGUAAUCUUCUACCUGGUGACAAAGUUGUAGUAUACCCUGAUGGCGAGGAAAAACACGAAGUCGGUUACUCUGAAUACAUAGCAGUAAAAGACUUAAAGAAUGUGUUCAAACUCCCAGAAAGCAUGUCUCUAGAGAUUGGCUCAAUGCUCCCGUCAUCAGCUCUGACAGCAUAUAGCGCCGUUAAACGUGCCGAGCCUCACGUCAGAGACCUUAUGAAAACUAAAGAGUCCUGUAAUAUCCUUAUAGUUGGUGCAGGUGGACUUGGCCUCUGGACUCUCACCCUUGCCAAACAUUUCAUUGGCCAAAACUCUGACAAGGUCCGCAUCACAGUCGCCGACACCAGCAUAGAGAAGCUAAUAGUGGCCCAAGAUCAUGGAUGCUACGAUGUCAUUCAUUGGUCAGAUUGUGACCAUGAGCAAUACCUUGUUGAAAGGACUCUCGAUGUCUGCCGUGGUGGAGUAGACGUCGUUAUAGACUUUGUAAGCAGUCAGAGAACAAUGAACAGAGCUAUCCGCUGCCUAAAUAGGGAGGGUAUGAUCCUAGCAGGUGGCAACUCUCGUCACGAGGUGAUGAUUUGUCUUAACGACCUUGCAGCUAAUGCACAGAGUAUCCUUGGUGUAUCUAAAGGCUCUAGGGCCCAACUUGAAGAACUAUUAAAUGUAUUCGCUGCAGAACAAGUGCAACCACCCUGUUAUAGUGUUUUCCCUGUCGAACAGGUGAACAGUGUAUUUGAAAAACUCAGUUCGUGUCAAAUUGAUGGACGAGCUAUCUUAAAAGUAUCUGAGGUCCCGUGCAAUAACUAGAUCUGAGUUUGUGCGUUUUUGGCAUGUCACUGUGACGUGCAUAUCCUCUAUACCAAAUAUAUCAAGCCUAGCCAUAAGUUCCAUUGUAGUGAAUAACUCACAUAUGCUUGCCUUCAGGAUAUUUUAAUGGACUAGAGAUAAAAAUAAGAACAUUACAGAUUGUGAAUUGAACACUACAGUAUUACAUUCAGAUAGGCCAUGUGUAAAUAUUAACUGACAGAUUGGAACUGAGAUCUCUAGAGACGAUUGUCUUAAGAACUUGUACGAUAUGUAAAUAGUAGAGACUGGAAAGUGACCAGUAAGAUUUGAGGUGGGAGUGUAACUGAGCGGCAGUUCCACAGGAACAGGAAGUAAAAACUGAAGAAAUGUUUAUAGGAUCAGCUGGUGCUUCCUCAAUUUGCAGUAUUUUCUGGACAUGAAGUAGAUACUUAUGUAAAAGUUGAAUUAGUUUAUACUCUUAAGUCAUAAAAUUAAAGAAAAAUAUGUAAAUUUAAUGUACCUCUAUACAGUAGGCCUUGACAUUGAGAUAUGUAACCUACUACAUUUGUAUUAUUGCCAAAAAUAAUUAUUUUGAUCUCUGCCAAAACAAAUUGCGUACAUCUGUAACAAUUACCAUUUUGACCUAAUUGUCAUGAUAUUUAUUUCUAGAAUUCCAUAAUAGAGUUUAUGCCAACAUCUGAAAUGUAUGACUUUCUUUUUAUGAUUGACAAUGUAAGUUUUCACUUAAGAUAUGUGUGACUAAUAAGUUAUCAAUUCCUCCUAAAUACCAUGGGUUAUGAAAAAUCACCCCAAGCAUAUUAAAUUGUCGCAAGAUCUCAAUAUAAAAAAAAUCAGUUUUGUUUCUUUAGAAAUUAAAUCAAAAAUAAAAGCAAAAUUUGGGUGAUUGGAGGAGGGGUAUAGGAUGUUAUUUCAAAAGAAUGACAAAAUGAUAUGGCUUUUGAGUGCCUCGGGGGGGACUUUGAAUUGAGGCCAAUUCGGAUAAUUAAAAACAUGGUAUCCUCAAACAGACAACAUGCAGAGACAGCACAGUUGUAUUUUUCUUAAAACCCCCAGCAGAAAUACUGUUAUUUUAGAUGGUUGGUUCAAAGUCUGAGACAAAUGUUGAUAUGGCAAGGGAUAUACUAAUGACAUGUUGGCUAUGAAUAUUGAUUUUCUUCUUUGUACAAUGAUCAAAAGCUACAAGAAAUUAAAAAAAAAUGUUUGUUGCUAAAAACAGCUGGGGUAUAGUUUAAAUGUUGUAUGUUGAGGACACCCUGUAAAUAUUGUCAUAGAUAUUGUAUAUAAUGUUUUCUUGUUUAUAUAUUUAUAGCUGUAGAAAUUAUGUACAUAAAUUGCAAUACUGUAGAUCAGUAAAGAUAGUAAAGUUACCUGUCAUAAGAUACUGUCCGGUACUAUUUGUAAGAAAUACUAGGUUGAGGAGUUGGACCAUGUCUCAUGACAGGUGAAUGGAUACACACUUGUCAUGUAGUAUAGUAGUAUAAGUGUGACUGUUUUACCAUUGACUAUGCUACAUGUAUGGUUGCAUGGCUCUAAGGUCCAAUAACUUAUUUAUUUUUCAUUUUUAAAAAAUAUUUACUGGAAGUCUUACUUGGAGACUUGAGAUAAUUUGCAAAAUUCAAACAAUUUAUUUGUUGUUUUUUCACUGACUGGUGGUCAGAUUGAGUUAUUAAUACUGAGGAAAAUCAAAAUGAAUCAUUAUUUGUAAAAAAAUUUGUACGAAGUUAUACUAAAUGGAGUAAAUAAGAAAAAAUAAAACAACAAUAAAAAAUAUAAAAUACAUGCUUGUUUUAGUUUUAUGUGAAGAGUAUUUGUAAAUUUUUUAUAUUAUAGCCCAAAAUGCCCAAUGAGAAACCAAUCAGACCCUAAUUUGAAAAAAGUUUGAUAUCUUUAAAAAACACCAGC